AACCCGGCCAACAACAUGUGUGAAGUCCUGCUCCGUCGCGGCGCUAGCCUGCUCUAGUGCACACUUUUCUGAGAAACAUCCCGGUUUGGUGAUUUUUCCAGCGUGAACCUCCAGCCCCAGCAGAGGCAGGUCGGGGUGUGUCCAGCAGCGCCGGGAUCUUCUGCCACGAGCUCCUCCCUCCCCCAGGCUGCAGGACCCCAGGACCCCCGGGGGCGGCAUGAGUCUGUUCGGGACCAGCUCCGGCUUUGGGACGGGCGGUACGGGCGUGUUCGGGAGCACGACCACGGACAGCCACAACCCCAUGAAGGAUGUGGAGGUGACGUCCCCCCCAGACGACAGCAUUAGCUGCAUGGCCUUCAGCCCUCCCACCAUGCCGGGGAACUUCCUCAUCGCAGGCUCCUGGGCUAAUGAUGUCCGGUGUUGGGAGGUGCAGGACAACGGACAGACCGUCCCCAAAGCCCAGCAGAUGCACACCGGUCCCGUGUUGGACGUCUGCUGGAGUGAUGACGGGAGUAAAGUCUUCACUGCUUCAUGUGACAAGACGGCCAAGAUGUGGGAUCUUAACAGCAACCAAGCAAUGCAGAUUGCACAGCAUGAUGGCCCAAUCAAAGCAAUUCACUGGAUAAAAGCCCCAAACUACAGCUGUAUCAUGACGGGCAGUUGGGAUAAAACACUGAAGUUCUGGGACACCCGUUCGCCCAACCCCAUGAUGUCGCUGCAGAUGCCGGAGCGGUGCUACUGCGCAGACGUUGUGUACCCCAUGGCCGUGGUGGCCACCGCUGAGAGAGGCCUCAUCGUGUACCAGCUGGAGAACCAGCCGUCAGAGUUCCGCAGGAUAGACUCCCCUCUCAAGCAUCAGCAUCGCUGUGUUGCCAUAUUCAAGGACAAGCAGAACAAACCCACAGGUUUUGCGCUGGGAAGCAUUGAGGGCCGAGUGGCCAUCCACUACAUCAAUCCUCCCAAUCCAGCCAAAGAUAACUUCACCUUCAAGUGCCACCGGUCCAACGGGACCAACACCACCACUCCCCAGGACAUCUACGCCGUUAACGCCAUCUCCUUCCACCCCGUCCACGGCACGCUGGCUACCGUGGGCUCAGACGGCCGCUUCAGUUUCUGGGACAAGGACGCGCGCACCAAGCUGAAGACGUCGGAGCAGCUGGACCAGCCCAUCACCGCCUGCUGCUUCAACCAGAACGGGAACAUCUUUGCAUACGCAUCCAGUUACGACUGGUCCAAGGGCCACGAGUACUACAACCCCCAGAAGAAGAACUACAUCUUCCUGAGGAACGCAGCCGAGGAGCUCAAGCCCCGGAACAAGAAAUGAUUCUCCGGGAGUGGCCUGGCGGGGGAACGGCGGGAGUCCUGCUGCUUCAGUAUGUUUGUGUGUGUGAGCUCCAGACAGACCCCCGACCCCUGGACCAACGCCGCGGCGCCGCGUUACCCUACAGGGCCCAACGCCGGGGCCCACCCCACCGCUGCUCACCACAGCUGCAUGACGCUUGAUCUGACGGGUCAACGCAGACGGGACGGCCUUGAUCUGCCAUCGUGUUUGGAAGAUUCUCACAUUUCUAGCUCUCUUUGUUGUUUUUCAUCUUUUUUUAUACACCUUUCCAAAGGUUUGCUGUCUUUCUGUUUCUGUUCUCCAAGGUAUAAUUCCAUUAAAGACAAGGGAUAUCAUUUAAAA